AUGACAACGAAGAUGAGCAAACACGCGGAGAGGAGGAAGGUGGGAGAAGUAGCGGGAGGAGCGGCGGCAGAGUGCGCGGCGGUGUGCUGCUGCUGCCCUUGCGCUGUGGUUAAUUUGGUUGUUUUGGCUGUUUACAAGGUUCCCGCGGCUGUUUGUAAGAAAGCGUGGAAACGUAGCAAACGUCGACGUUUUAUGAUGAAACGACAUGGUUUGCUUGCAUCAUCAGCGGCGAAAGGGAGAGAGAGCACCGUGCAUGCAAGAUUGAAGGAAGAAGAUCUAACGGCUGAGAUUGUUGUUAUUGAGAAAAACGAAGCGAAUUGCGAACUAAACGAUGUUAUCAUGCUUGAGGAUGAAAUGUUGGAACAUUUUUAUGGGGCAGGUUUUUGGAGAAGCCCCUCGCAGAGGGAUACGGAGUCAUCGGGAAAAUUUUAA